AUGGAAGCUGCUCCACCAGUCUAUUCUAACAUUGAACUUAUUUGUCAAGGUGCUGAAGCACGUCUUUUUCGAUGUUUAUACUUUGGUCGUCGUGCUAUACUUAAAGAACGUUUUGUUAAAACUUAUCGUCAUCCUGAUCUUGAUAAUGCUAUAACUCUUCAACGUCUUAAGGGUGAAGUACGUUUGUUGACACGUGCUAAACAAUUAGGUAUUCAUACACCAGCCAUCUAUCAUAUUGAUUGGGCUAGACGUACAAUUGUUAUGGAAGAUUUACAUGAAGCUCGUACUGUAAAAUCUGUUAUUGAUACAUUGAUUCAAGAACAAAAUACUGUUAAACUUGAACAGUUAGCACAACAAAUUGGUACAACAAUAGGUUGUCUUCAUCAGGCACAAGUUGUACAUGGUGAUCUUACAACAUCAAAUAUGCUUUUAACAGAAAAUGAUCAACUCUAUUUAAUUGAUUUUGGUUUAAGUGCUUAUAUACCAAAUAAAACUCAAAUGCUUGAGGCACUUGCUGUCGAUUUGUACGUUUUAGAACGAGCUAUUAUAUGUACACAUCAAAAAGCAAAACAUUUCUUUUCAAAUAUUCUUAUGGCAUAUAAAAGUUCAAUUAGUGAUGAAAAACAGCGUACAUUAACAAUGAAUAAAUAUGAAGAAGUCCGUGCAAGAGGACGAAAAAGAAGUAUGGUCGGUUAA